AUGACGAGGCGAGUGCUCGAACAGCGCCCGGCGCAGGAGGCUCCUCCGUGCCGGGAACCAGCCGCUCCGGCGCCGUUCCCACGGAGCUUCUACUCAUUCAGCCUGGGCACCACGAUACGCCCUCGCCCAGGACGACGGGCCGUGUCCCGCCAUGCCCCGGCCGAUGAUGCCACCAAGAAGCUCAUCUACACCAUUGUAAAGGCCGACCUGCUCAUCCCCGGCGCCGACGAGCCCGUCCCCGACGCGGCCCUCGUCGCGGAAGCCAAGCUCAUCGUCUGGGUCGGCAAGCAGGACGCCAUCCCCGCCGAGUACACGCAAAAGUGCCGCGGGACCUACUCGGUGCCGUACCUGAUGCCCGGGCUCUGGGACUGCCACGCGCACCUCCUGGCGGGCGGCGACGACGAGGCCUCGUGGCCGGCGUACAUGGGCUUCGUGGCCGGGCAGCCGGCGGCCGAGGGCGCGCGGCUCGCCCGGCUGUGCUGGGAGGUGCUGCAGCGCGGGUACACGUCCCCGGGCAUCUUGGCCGCCGUCGAGGCCGGCGUGCGCACCGUCGAGCACGCCUCGCUCGCCGACGACGAGUGCCUCGCCCUCAUCAAGCGGAGGGGCGUCGUCUACGUCGCCACCCGCGAGGCCAUUGAGCUGCUGCUCGAGCUGGGCGACGACCUGCCCCGCGUGCACCGCGACAAGCUCCGCCUCGUGGCCGGGCACCACAUGGCCGCGUACCGGGCUGCCGUCGCCGCCGGCGUCACCAUUGCGCUGGGAACAGACGCCCUUGCCGCCCUGACCAUGGCCCGGGAGCUGGAAUGGGCCGUCGAGGCCGGGCUGUCGAACCUCGAGGCCAUCCGCGCCGCUACUGCUAACGGGCCGCUGACCGUCGAGGGCCAGGCGCCCAGGACGGGGCAGCUCAAGGCCGGGUACGAGGCUGAUUUUAUCGGCGUCACGGCGAAUCCCGUCGCCGAUGUCCGCGUCUUGCAGAACGAGGAGAAUAUCAGAUGGGUGUGGAAGGGGGGCAGGCUCUUCAAGGGCCCGGGUGUUGGCCCUUGGGGGGAACCCGCGUGGGCUUGA